UAAAGCACGACUGGUAUGGGGACAUGGAAAAGCAGACGCAGGCAAAGAGAGCAGAAGACGGAGAACUCUGCCUUUGGUCUAGUUCACAGUUGAGGCAAAUAACUUAAAAAAGGCUGAUGUAAAGUCGAGAAAGUGAGUGACAUAGCUCAACUCCAAAGAGACGGGGGAGACUCAAAGAAAGAAAAGUGAUAACAACAGUCAUCCUGAGAAGUCAACUAUGGGGAAUGGUGAAAGCAGAGUAAACUCAACGGCAGUUGGGGUUCUUGUUGGCUUUGGAAUCCUGUUCAUUCUAUUCACCAUAGGCAUUGUACAAUUCUGCUGCAAGUACAAAUGUAAAAAGUGUAAAAAAUGCUGCAAGAAAAAAGAGCCGUCAGUGAAAGACAAAGUGCUCACCAAAGUCGGCCUGAAGAAGGCUCCCCCUCCCUUCUCCAUUAGCAGAAGCAUAAAAUAACAUCUUGUCUGUGUUUCGAUCAUCACCUUGAUGGAAGGCAUUUAGUCGUUUGUCACGUUCCUACACACCACCUACCUUUUUUCAACACGUAUGGCUCUGUUCCUGCUUGUUAUUUGCUGCUUUAUGUUGGUGUAAAAACUUGAGGAAAACCCAGAGUGAGGGGUUUGUUUACCAUGUUACUUUUUGAUUCCUUUUGAUUAUAUUUGUAUCAUGCAACAACUUUAUUCUAUAGUUAUGUUUAAGAAAAUGCAAACUUUUUCUUGAAACAAGGAGAGGUGUUGCAUUUUUUUCUGUAUAUGCAGAACUAUGUUGCUGUUAAUAUCAUGUAAUUUUAAAAAUAUAAAAUUAUACAUGUAAAUAAAUAAAUAUUU